UGUGACGCAUUUGCAUCUCUAGUAGGUCAUGUGUGAUUUAAUGCGUGUUUUGAGUGUUUUCAAGGACAAAUAACCGAUGGAAAUUCAUUUAAUUAGUGUUGAGACAGUAAUUAUGUAAUUUAAUCAACGGAGUGAGUGGUAAUGACCGGCUCCAGCGUUCAGAAAUCGACGCAGAACGUUUUAUUUCUUUGGGUCUGGCAGAAUGAGUGUAAGUUGUGUAAGAAAAUCGCUAUUAUGAUUUUAAUUGGAAAUGAAGAGGGAAAAUAGUGGAAUAAGGUGAUUGACAAUGGUGACAAGGGGCGCCGGUAAUGAGCCGAGCAGUGACCAUGCUGUUGCCGGGGCUGUCAGUGGAUUCGUGACGAGACUCAUUUGUCAACCUAUCGAUGUCAUCAAGAUUCGGUUUCAGUUGCAAGUAGAGCCAAUAUCCCACGAACAUGCGAGCAAAUAUCGCUCAAUUCUGCAGGCAACAAGAACAAUAAUAAACGAAGAGGGUGUUUUCGCUCUCUGGAAGGGCCAUGUACCAGCGCAAUUAUUGUCAAUCGUCUACGGGAUGGCUCAGUUCUACUCCUACAACAAAAUCAUGAAAUCAUCGAGGAGUUUUGUGACUCCAGACCAUUGGCAGAAUUCCGCGCACUUUGUCGCUGGGGCAAUGGCCGGAUGCAUUGCAACCAUAGUUUCUUUUCCGUUUGACACUGUGAGAACGAGACUCGUUGCUCAAGCUCAUCAUCAACCUGUUUACAAGGGGUUUAUUUCAGUGUAUUCAUCCAUCUUAAAAGCAGAAUCACCGCGUGGCUUUUAUCGCGGUCUUUCACCAACUCUCAUACAGAUAGCACCUCACACUGGUCUCCAAUUCGUAUUCUACAGUCUCCUCACAGACUUCUACAGAUCAUUCUCAGAGGAAUCCUCAACAACGGUGCCAAACUCACUGAUUGCAGGUAGUGCUGCUGGUUUACUCUCAAAAACCGCAGUGUAUCCAUUCGAUCUCGCGAGGAAACGCCUCCAGAUCCAGGGGUUCGAGCACGGUCGCACUGGCUUCGGUAAAUUCUUCAGCUGUCGGGGACUAAUGGACUGCCUGGUAAAGACCGCCAGGGACGAGGGUCUCAGGGCUCUCUUCAAGGGCCUGUUGCCUAGUCAAUUGAAGGCCGCAGCCACCACUGCACUUCACUUCACCUUCUAUGAGCAAGCUCUCGUACUUAUACAGCAUUUACGUGUAUAGAUGUUUUGAAUGUGAAAUAAAGAGUUUUAUAAUUUAA